GGAGAAAGAGAGAGAGACACACACACGCACACACACACACAGACAGAGGCAUACACACGCAGAGCGCGAGAGCCCCGAGCGGCCGGAGAGGACCGCCGGUGCCCAGCGCUGCCACCAUCCAUUUGCAAGACGCUGGCACUAGAGAAACCCACCCACCGCCCCUCCGGCUGAUGGAAAAGCACAGUUUUACAUGAUGAGAAAUCCUGAAAUCAUUUUUUGAAAGAGAAGGAGUUCUCAUCUGUCUGACUAGUUAGAGGAUCAGUCCCGGUUUAUCAAGAGCUGCUUUGUUUUGGUGAUAAGCAUGGCCAAACCAUAUGAAUUUAACUGGCAGAAGCCAGUUUCCCCAUUUAUUCAAGAGGGAGCCAUUUUUGACAGAUAUGAAGAGGAAUCCUUUGUAUUUGAACCUAACUGCCUCUUCAAAGUGGAUGAAUUUGGCUUCUUUUUGACCUGGAAAAGUGAAGGAAAGGAAGGACAGGUAUUAGAGUGUUCCCUGAUCAACAGCAUUCGUUUUGGACCUGUACCAAAGGAUCCCAAAAUCCUAGCAGCUCUUGAAGCUUUUGGAAAAUCAGAGAGUGAUCUGGAAGGGAGGAUAGUCUGUGUCUGCAGUGGCACUGACUUGGUGAAUAUCAGCUUCACUUAUAUGGUGGCAGAAAAUCCGGAUGUUGCUAAGCAAUGGGUAGAAGGGUUAAGAGCCAUCAUACAUAAUUUUAGAGCCAACAAUGUUAGUCCAAUGACAUGCCUCAAGAAACACUGGAUGAAAUUGGCAUUUAUGACAAACACAAAUGGUAAAAUUCCAGUUAGGAGUAUUACUAGAACUUUUGCAUCAGGUAAAACAGAAAAGGUGAUUUUUCAAGCACUUAAGGAGUUAGGUCUUCCCAGCGGAAAGAAUGAUGAAAUCGAGCCUGCGGCAUUUACAUAUGAAAAGUUUUAUGAACUAACACAAAAAAUUUGUCCUCGGACUGACAUCGAGGACCUCUUUAGGAAAAUCAAUGGAGACAAAACUGAUUAUUUAACGGUAGACCAAUUAGUGAGCUUUCUAAAUGAACAUCAACGAGACCCUCGACUGAAUGAAAUUUUAUUCCCAUUCUAUGAUACAAAAAGGGCAAUGCAGAUAAUUGAGACUUAUGAGCCUGAUGAUGAGUUGAAGACAAAAGGGCUCAUAUCCAGUGAUGGGUUUUGCAGAUAUUUGAUGUCAGAUGAAAAUGCUCCAGUCUUCCUUGACCGCCUGGAACUUUACCAAGAAAUGGAUCAUCCUUUGGCCCACUACUUUAUCAGUUCUUCCCAUAACACAUAUCUAACAGGACGUCAAUUUGGUGGGAAAUCUUCCGUGGAAAUGUAUAGACAAAUCCUCUUAGCUGGAUGCAGAUGUGUUGAACUAGAUUGCUGGGAUGGGAAAGGAGAAGAUCAAGAACCAAUAAUAACUCACGGAAAAGCAAUGUGUACAGAUAUUCUCUUCAAGGAUGUGAUUCAAGCCAUCAAGGAAACAGCUUUUGUUACAUCAGAGUAUCCUGUCAUUCUGUCCUUUGAAAAUCAUUGCAGCAAAUAUCAACAGUACAAGAUGUCCAAGUAUUGUGAAGAUCUAUUUGGGGAUCUCCUGUUGAAACAAGCACUUGAAUCACAUCCACUUGAACCAGGAAGACCAUUACCAUCCCCUAAUGACCUCAAAAGAAAAAUACUGAUCAAAAACAAACGACUGAAACCUGAGGUGGAAAAAAAACAGCUUGAAGCUUUAAAAAGUAUGAUGGAAGCUGGAGAAUCAGCAACCCCAGUAAAUAUCUUAGAAGAUGACAAUGAAGAAGAAAUAGAAAGUGUUGACCAAGAGGAAGAAGCUCACCCAGAAUUCAAAUUUGGAAGUGAACUCUCUGCUGAUGAUUUCGGUCAAAAGGAAGCUGUUGCAAAUAGUGUAAAGAAGGCUGCAGAAGACCUUGAACAUGAAAACAAUAAAAAGGGGUUAGUUACUGUGGAAGAUGAGCAGGCGUGGAUGGCAUCCUACAAAUACGUGGGCGCUACAACCAAUAUUCACCCAUAUUUAUCCACAAUGAUCAACUAUGCCCAGCCUGUAAAGUUUCAGGGCUUCAAUGUAGCAGAAGAACGUAAUAUUCAUUACAACAUGUCGUCUUUUAAUGAAUCAGUUGGACUAGGUUAUUUGAAGACGCAUGCAAUUGAAUUUGUGAAUUAUAAUAAACGGCAAAUGAGUCGGAUUUACCCCAAGGGAGGCCGAGUGGAUUCCAGUAAUUACAUGCCUCAGAUUUUCUGGAACGCUGGCUGCCAGAUGGUGUCACUGAACUAUCAAACCCCAGAUUUAGCGAUGCAAUUGAAUCAGGGAAAAUUUGAAUAUAAUGGAUCAUGUGGAUACCUUCUCAAACCAGAUUUCAUGCGACGGCCAGAUAGAACAUUUGAUCCUUUCUCUGAAACACCUGUAGAUGGUGUUAUUGCAGCUACUUGUUCAGUUCAGGUUAUAUCAGGGCAAUUCUUAUCCGAUAAGAAAAUUGGUACGUAUGUAGAAGUGGAUAUGUAUGGUUUGCCUACAGACACUAUACGGAAGGAGUUCCGGACGCGUAUGGUUAUGAACAAUGGUCUCAAUCCUGUUUACAAUGAGGAAUCAUUCGUAUUCCGAAAGUUCUGUAGCUGUCAUAUGAUAUUUUUUUUUCUGUUUGGCUUUUCCUUCUUUUUGGCUUUCUCCUCCUUCUUGGGGGAACCCACUUUCUUCGUUGACAAUGCCUGUGCUCCAGGUAUGCAGUCUGCUCAGAAUGAGCCCCCGCUGGCGGACACCAACAUUCCUUGGAGAUGUCUUCUUCCCUGCCCUGGCAGUGGCUGGUAUCUUGCACUAUUCCUUCAGCCAAGAGGGCAGGUUAUCCUCCCUGAUCUGGCUGUCUUGAGAAUAGCUGUGUAUGAUGACAACAACAAGCUGAUUGGUCAAAGAAUCCUCCCCCUCGAUGGCCUUCAGGCCGGCUACAGACACAUUUCUCUUCGAAAUGAAGGGAAUAAACCAUUAUCACUGCCAACUGUUUUCUGCAACAUUGUGCUUAAAACAUAUGUGCCGGAUGGUUUUGGAGAUAUUGUGGAUGCUUUGUCAGACCCAAAGAAAUUUCUUUCUGUAAUGGAAAAGAGAGCAGAUCAAAUGAGAGCAAUGGGAAUUGAAACUAGUGACAUAGCUGAUGUGCCAAAUGACACUUCAAAGAAUGACAAAAAAGGAAAAGCCAAUAAUGCUAAAGCCAAUGUGACUCCUCAGAGCAGCUCUGAACUCAGACCAACCACUACUUCUGCUCUGGGAGCAGGGGUGGAAGGGAAGAAAGGUAUUGAACUUAUUCCUCAAGUGAGGAUAGAAGACUUAAAACAAAUGAAGGCUUACUUGAAACACUUAAAGAAACAACAGAAAGAGCUAAAUUCUUUAAAGAAGAAACAUGCAAAGGAACACAGCACCAUGCAGAAGUUACACUGUACACAAGUUGACAAAAUUGUGGCUCAAUAUGACAAAGAGAAGUUGUCUCAUGAGAAAAUCUUAGAGAAAGCAAUGAAGAAGAAGGGAGGAAGUAAUUGUCUCGAAAUGAAGAAAGAAACUGAAAUUAAAAUUCAGACAUUAACAUCAGAUCAUAAAUCUAAGGUGAAAGAGAUUGUAGCCCAGCAUACAAAAGAGUGGUCAGAAAUGAUCAAUACCCACAGUGCUGAGGAGCAAGAAAUCCGGGAUCUGCACCUCAGCCAGCAGUGUGAUCUUCUGAAAAAACUGUUGAUCAGUGCUCACGAGCAGCAAACUCAGCAGCUGAAGCUUUCCCAUGACAGAGAAUGCAAGGAAAUGCGUGCCAAUCAGGCCAAGAUUUCCAUGGAAAAUAGCAAAGCCAUCAGUCAAGACAAAUCAAUCAAAAAUAAAGCAGAAAGAGAGAGGAGAGUCAGGGAACUAAACAGCAGUAACACUAAAAAGUUUCUGGAAGAAAGAAAGAGACUUGCAAUGAAACAGUCAAAAGAAAUGGAUCAGUUGAAAAAAGUUCAACUUGAACAUCUAGAAGUCCUGGAAAAACAGAAUGAGCAGCUUUUGAAAUCCUGUCAUGCAGUGUCUCAAACACAAGGCAAAGGAGAUGCAGCAGAUGGUGAAAUUGGAAGCUGAGAUGGACCGAAGACCAGCAACAGUGGUGUAAAACUCCACAGCCCAAACUGAAAAACCAUAGUGUCAAAAUGUUACCCCUAAAUUGCAGAACCCUAUACAGUGAGGACUAAAACGAUUUUCUUCUGUUUGUUAUUUUCCCCCUUCUGUUUAGGCAAGAUGUUGCCUGAGACCAUGAAGAAUAUGUGAGAGUUACACAUUUCAGUUUUAACUUUUUGAGUACUGAAGAACGCUUAUCAAAUAGGAACUGUUUCUGUUGUGACAGCCUGUCUUUCCAAUGAGGCAUACAGUUUAACCAUUUGUAAUUCUAUUUAAGUGUUUGUUCAGCAUCAUCACAAGAAAAUGAGCUUGGUAUUAAACACCCUGCCUUGUGAUGUAUUAGGACAUGUUUGAGGUACAGUAAAAAUCAUGCAGAAACAGCUGAAAAAUGCAUGCAUUGGAAAACUUCUUUCUGCAAAUUCAUCAGCAGAAAUUAUAGUAUGACAUAUCAAUAACUUUACAGGAUAUUCCUUACAUCCAAGUUACCUCAUUAGUAAGUGCCAUAUCUUCCAUCUUGCCGAAAGAAGCCAAUUUCCUGUAGAAGUUGUUGAAAUGGUUAAACAAUUGGAAAAUACAAUAUAACCAUAUGUGCCAAAAUUCAUCCGUGCUCAAAGGUUAAAAGAAUUGUGUAUCGGGCACUUUAAGCAAAGUUUACAUCAAACACUGCUUUAUAGAAUUUGCAUUUUGAUCCUACUGCUGCAGAUUCCCAAUAUUACAAUUCAUUAUUGCAUCUUAAAGAUUGUGAAAUGGAUAUUGGCGAAAGUUUGUAACUGUGAAAAUGUAUAAAGUAUUUAUACACUUAAAUUCACAAUAUUGUAGAAAAUCACCUAAAUGUUGCCACAUGACAAGAUUAGUAAGCAGGAUUACUAGACCUGUGUUUGCAUGACACAAGCACCAAUGAUGACUACAAAUGUGUAUGACCACAUUCAUUCUCUUACAAAGUAAAUGCUGAUUAAAUGUAUGGCACAGAAUAGCAUUUGAUUAAUUAUCAUGACUUUCAGCAAAAUGAAAUAAGCAUAUAUAUACAUGUGUGUAUAUAUAUAUAUAUAUAUAUAUAUAUAUGCAUAUAUGUGUGUGUAUAUGAAUUAUGUGGGCAUUCUUGAUACUUCAAGUUCUAGUUUAAAAAGAAGUACAUAACUAAUUUAAUUUUACACAAAAAAUAUUUAUGCAGAUUUUCAGAAUUUCAUAUCAGGAAAUAACCUUUUUAUGUCUGUUAAAUAUUAAAAAAAAUUUGCUACAGUGUUAAUCUGCAUGGGCUUAAAGCCUGCUGUAGUUAUACUGCAGAACAGUGCAUGAAAAGCAUUCCGUUUGGAAUUUUCCCAUGCUGCCAGCCACUGCAAAGGAGACUGCAUGGAAACUUGAUAGUUUAGAACUAAUCAGAUUACUGAUUUUAGUACACGAAGCACCUACUGAAUUGUUGCAUAUGCUUGUACAAACUGAUUCUGUGUAUUCCUAUGAACAAAACAGAUGGCAAGAUAAAAUUAUGCUGCCAUCAAUCUUGAAAUUAAACUUUGGACUUCUCUAAUAAAAAGUUAAAACAAA